AAUGAUUCGCUUGGAGAGCGUGUCGGUAGAUUUUUUGGCAAUUAUUCUGCAGAACAAAAAAUUUCAUUAAAUGCAUUUAACCCUGUUAUAUGUUCAACCCUUGAUGCUCCUUCAUGUUACGCCGACUCAAACAAACAGACUAGCAUACAUCAGUUAGAACCUGAAUUGGUUUUUGAUCUUCCUGUACUAAGAUCACUCUUAUCGGAAACUUGUAAUACUUUUGUAGAACUGCAACAUGCAAUCAAGAACACCGAUAUGGUAGUUAAUUAUAAAAAAAUUUCCAUAAUUUAUCGAUCAUCGAUUCGAGCAUGUUUAGAAAACUUGCAACAUCUUGUUUUACAACAAGGCAUAAGUAAAUCUGAGGACAAUGAAAAAUACCAAAACUUAAUGACGGUUCUCUAUAGCGUAGAAUGCAUAUGGCAUUUGUGUGAAAAAGUUUUUCUUCUUAAUACAAAUGAUAGUUGUAUAGUACAUCAAUUGCUAGAAUGGGUACGUUUUCAUUUCCCAAUGAGCGAACAAAACGCUAUUGAAAUGAUCCAAGCUGCUGAAGAAGUGCAUACAGAUGAAAAUUAUUGGUAUGUCGUUAAGGAUUUAAUAAUGAAAGGUCAAAUAGAUGUUGCAAGAGCAUUAUUACGAAUGCAUUUAGCAGCAGAUACUCCAUGUUUUCAUGAAACCGACCGAAUUUUAAGCAGCAUACCAGUUCUUAAUGCAUAUAAUGGAUUGUCGAUACAAAAGUUUCGCACUACUUGGAACCAUUGGGUUAUAACUAUUGAAAACAAACUACAAUCUGGACUUUUUUCUGCAGAGCCUGACCUCGAGGGAGUUGUUCGUUUGAUAAUUGGAGAAUCAAAUGCUUGGAAAGAUGUUUGCAAGACUUCAAAGUGUUGGUAUGAAUAUUUUCCUGGCUAUUUAUUUUAUACUGAGCCAACAUGCAGAGACUUUGAGUUACCACAUUAUGUUAACACAUGGUUGACACAAUGGUUAAGCGUUCAAGGAUUCGGUAGGACAGCACAUUUGAAACAUUUGGAUCGAGUAAUACAUAGUGUGAUGGAAAACAAUCUCCAUCAGGUAUUACAUGAUGUACAAAACAUUGGCGACAAUAAGUGGGUAGUAACGCAUUUGACUGAUUUAUUAUUUCACGCUGGAAAAUUAAAAGGUUUAGGUGAUGAUUCCAUGAGCAUUAACGCAUUCCGAGAUAAUUUGAUUUUUAAUUUCGGUAAAGAUCUUAUGUCGCGCCGUAGCUUUUGGAAAUUUGGACUUAAUUAUUUAGAGUUCUGCAAAGACGGACCCGUUGCAAGAGAAUUAUUGCUUGUUCGUGUACCUUUUAACAAGGAUACUGAAGCCUUGAAACUUAUUUCAAUAGCAAAACAGAUACAAGCACGAGGAGUCGAACAGCAAAUUUGCCGUGUAUUGGUAUUAAAGUAUAUCUCCCAUGCACGUUAUGGAAAUGCUUUACACUGGGCUUUAAGAUCUAAUGAUACAUUCUAUAUUCAAGUUGUUGUUGAUUAUUUUCUAAAACACUACACGGAAACAGGUGAAAUGAUGUGUCCUGAUAUUCUUUCAUGUAUAGGUUCACGUAUGCUUAUUUCUCCAAGACUAAUGUUUCUUAUAAAAUAUUACGAAUUUCAUCAAUGUUAUCGUGACAGAGCUUUUAGUCAAGCUGGUGAAAUUCUCAUUAAUUUAUUAGAUUCGAACGUAACACCAAAAUUCUUUUGGUCCAGUCUUUUAGCAGACACAAUACCAUUAUUAGAAUUUAAAGAACCUAUUAUUCCAUCCAAAGAAACUCUUAUAAUUUUACAACAUUUGCAAAAUGAUUUGAUUCCAUUUAUUGAUAUAGAAAAACAAUGUAUGAUUUCAAAAGCAGAUCCGAUAACUGGCACUUCAUAUGAACGAAAAGAAGAUCUUAUACAAUUGUUAAGAUUGAGUUGUGCUCGAAAUCUUAGCAGAGCUUUAAUAAUAGAAAAUACUUUGAGUUCCUAGCUGAAUGUAUGUAUAAAACAAUAAAAAGAAAAAAAUGUCAUGAAUAAAAGAAAAUGCUUUAUUUAAGUUCCUCUA